UCGACAUCCGGGUCCCGCCUCCUCUCCUUGUCGCAGCACUUUCCGCUGGCUUUCAGCGAAGCCGCCAUCUUGUCUGCUUCGCUCGCAAGAAGAUUUUGUGUUUCUUCAGGAUGGCCGACUACUCCAGCGUGGCUCCCCCGUCCUCUAACUCGGCUGGCGGGAUGAACGACGCGUUUAAAGAUGCACUUCAGCGCGCCCGACAAAUUGCUGCCAAAAUCGGAGGCGAUGGUGGAGGUGCCCCGCCACCAGCGUCCAAUGAGUUUGGCUAUGGAGGGCAGAAAAGGCCUUUAGAAGAUGCAGAUGACUCUUGGACAAGUCCGAAUGGUAGAACACACUGGGAGGGAUUGCACUCUCCUUUCACAGAUCAGCCUGAAACAAAGAAAAUGGCAUCACAGAAUGAUCCGUUUGUUUCGGGAAUGGGAGGAAUGAAUGCUGCGCCAAGAUCUACCUCUGAGGAGGUGAAGGUUCCAGAUGGCAUGGUCGGAUUCAGUAAGUUUAUUGGAAGAGGAGGCGAGCAGAUAUCCCGAAUACAGCAGGAGUCUGGUUGUAAAAUACAGAUUGCUCCUGACAGUGGUGGCAUGCCUGAGAGGUCUGUGACAUUAACAGGAUCUCCAGAUUCAAUCCAGACAGCAAAAAGGUUGCUGACGGAGAUUGUUGAGAAAGGCCGACCGACGCCAGGGUUUCAUCACUCAGAUGGACCAGGCAUGUCAGUCCAGGAGAUUCUUGUCCCAGCCUCUAAAGCUGGCCUUGUGAUAGGCAAAGGGGGCGAAACAAUAAAACAGCUACAGGAACGUGCUGGGGUGAAAAUGGUAAUGAUUCAAGAGGGACCGCAGAAUACUGGGGCAGACAAGCCUCUCAGGAUUUCUGGAGAGCCUUUUAAAGUACAGCAAGCCAAAGAGAUGGUUAUGGAGCUGAUUCGAGAUCAGGGGUUCAGGGAGCAGCGGGGCGAGUACGGCUCAAGGAUGGGAGGUGGUGAUAGCUUGGAUGUUCCAGUCCCAAGGUUCGCUGUAGGCAUAGUGAUUGGAAGAAAUGGAGAAAUGAUCAAAAAGAUUCAAAAUGAUGCUGGUGUGAGGAUUCAGUUCAAACCAGAUGAUGGUUCAAUGCCAGAGAGAAUAGCUCAGAUCAUGGGGCCGCCAGAUCGGGCACAGCAUGCUGCUGAAAUAAUCUCUGACCUGCUGAGAAGUGUGCAGUCUGGAGGUCCCCCAGGCCCUGGUGGUCGGGGCAGGGGCCGUGGGCAAGGCAACUGGAACAUGGGCCCACCUGGAGGGCUUCAGGAGUUCACCUUCACUGUCCCUGCCAUGAAGACGGGGCUCAUUAUUGGGAAAGGUGGAGAGACCAUUAAAAGCAUAAGCCAGCAGUCUGGUGCCAGAAUAGAGCUACAGAGAAACCCCCCUCCUAAUGCAGACCCCAACCUCAAGAUAUUUUCAAUCCGUGGGUCACAUCAGCAGAUUGACUACGCCAGACAGCUGGUGGAGGAGAAGAUUGGUGGUCCAGUCAGCCCAAUUGGUGGUCCCCAUGGACCUCCAGGUCCACACGGAGGACCUUCUCCACAUGGCCCUCCAGGUCCUCCUGGACCACCUGCUCCAAUGGGUCCAUACAAUCCUGGACCUUACAACCAGGGACCCCCUGGACCACAUGGACCACCAGCACCCUAUCAACCACAAGGCUGGGGUAAUGGCUUUCCACACUGGCAGCAGGGUCAGCCAGACCCAGGUAAAGCAGCAGCAGAUGCCAAUGCUGCUGCCUGGGCUGCAUAUUACUCUCAGUACCAGCAGCAGCCCCAGGCACCCAUAGCCCCAGCAACUGCUGCUCCCGGCACAGCUCAAACCAAUGGACAAGGUGACCAGCAGGCUCCAGGUCAGAGUGGACAGGCAGAUUACACCAAGGCCUGGGAAGAAUAUUACAAGAAAUUGGGUCAACAGGGGCAGCAGCCGCAGGACUACACAAAGGCUUGGGAGGAAUACUAUAAGAAACAAGGCCAAGCUGCUCCACAGGCUGCAGCAGCUACUCCUUCUCCAGCAGGAGGGCAGCCAGACUAUAGCGCAGCCUGGGCUGAGUACUACCGGCAGCAGGCAGCUUAUUAUGGGCAAGGCAGCCCCCAGACCAUGGCCGGAGCACCAACCCAGCAGGUACACCCCUCAAAGUUUUCUUGUCCCCCAUGUCUGUAGAGUGCCUCUAUUCUGUGGACCUCUAGUCUCUCUCAGUAAUGAAACUGCAUGUGCAGUACUUGUUUGUGCUAACCUUUUCCUCUUCAGGUGUAGCUGGUCACCAGAGGAGCCGGUGUCUAGAACUAACAGAUCUUUUCCCCCUUGCAGGCUUCUUUUAUUACCUUUUUUGCGCUCAGUAGAUGUUCUUGUUGUUAACCCUCAUAUGUAUUUUUUUUAUGUAUUUCUUUUGCACAGGGCCAGUAAUGUGAAGUGGACAUAAAGUAUUUGCUUCACUGUCGAAAAAACCUUUGUUAAAUGUUUGGAUGCAGACGCCUUGAUGAAGAUCUUAAUUUCUUUGGUUUAAAAAGUGUUCAGAAAAUUCCGGGGGCAGUUUUUUUCCCUUUUUUCUUGUACAAAAAUGAAGUUUGUUUUUAGUGUGGUUAUAAUAGAUUUGGACAUUCCAGCUCCUGUAUUUCAUAUGUGGUCAAUGCUCAUGUUUAUAAACUGUAGUAAUUUCCAUGUAUAUCACCUCAGUUUUAAAAUAUGCCUGUUGUGUUUUGCAAUAAAACAAAAUGAAACCUACUGUGUUGGUAAGUUGGGUGAGCAAUGUGGGUGAAAUUAAACCUUGCAAGUUCCUUAGUAAAUAUUAAGAACUGAUGCAGACUCUUGGCUGUCAAAAUUUGCUGACGGAAAGUUCCAGUGUCCUGUCUCUCUCCAACUUUACGUGCAGCUCCUGGUUUUAUAUGAUCGUUUUGAUUUGUACUAAAGUGUGCUCAGACAAAGCGUAAACCCGAUGAAAUGUCAGCGAUACAUUUUUUAAUAGAAAUGUGGUCAUUUCUUUACUGCUCUUUUUAGGAAUAGGCGCAUUUGUGUGGCUUAGUGUUUUUGCAACUUAUGCAAUUUAGUACUGUUACAUUUUCUUGUACUGCACCUGAUACCUUUCUGACAUGGGGUAGCUUGUAUUGUUCAUGAGUGAAUCCACUUCUUCCCUCACAGCCAAGUUUUAGAAAAGCGGUAAGCAAGAGUAUUUUUACGAAAUGUUACCUGAAAUGUGACUUUGUUACGGACAUUAUAGUAUAUUUGCUGCUUUUUUACAGCACAGGUAAAUCUUCCCUGCUUUGACAUUUGCAAAAGUGCUGAUAUUGUUUUUCCCAUUUUUUUAGUGUCAAAAUUCUGUUUAUUGGCUAACGUAAAAAAAAAAGGUUUUCGUAUGACAACGUGAAUGCACAGUCGGUUUUUGCUAUGCUAUUGUGUUUCAAAGUGCAUCCAAAGUGCAUAGGCUUGUAGGUGUUUAUGGGUGAGGAAGCGUAUGCUGUCAGUCUCCGUGAUUUGAGGCUUCAGGGGCCGUUACCACUGUAAGUACUAAAUCGUGAACAUUAAAGAACAGUUUUCUUUCAAUGUACUACUUUGAGAGAAUGAAAUGUAGUGUAUUCUGCUAGAAACUGUAUUUCUUAAAAAAGGAAUUCCCAUCUCAUCAUGGGGUAAGUAUCACAGUACUCAAAGAGCACACAGUGAAAUUUGUUGAUGUGAACCCAUUUUGAAACUUAGUUUUUAGGAUUGUGAAUUUUGAUCGUGUUUUGCAAUGACCAGUGAUGUGCCUUUUCAGGCUGUCAUUUGAAACAAACUGGCAUUGUAGUUGUUUUCUAGGCCGCUGCACUUUUUUUAAGGAGCACUUGCCAGUUGGACCGUUCUGUUUUGAGCUGUGAAAUGUGAGUCUGUUCCACAUAUAUGUAAGCAUAUUCACUGUCAAAUGCAACUUGGCAAGUUUCUGUGUUCACAGGAAAUGCUUGCACCAAUGAUAUUUUGAAGAUAUUACCGUGGUACCCCAUUUAAUUCUAAAAAUACCAUUGUAGCAAAGAAACUAGCAUAGUUAAAUUCUCUUGCUAAAUGAGCAUUUCAUUUUUUUCAGAAUUAUGAUUUUGUGUGACUUAAGAUAGUUUUAACAUGUCACAGGUAGCAUGUGCAGCUAUGUUGCGUGUAUCGGUAUAAGGCAGCAUGUAGACAUAUAUGCAGUUUGUUGUUACACAGGAGUGCUUCAGUAGAUGUCAGUGUUGUGCAGUGAGCGUACUUGAACUGAAACUGAUAUGCCAUUUUUUGUACUGGAGGCUGUUGUAUUUAAUCGGGUGAAUAACUGAAUUUUUUUUUUACUGAUGGCAAACGGUGCAAUAUUUAAUCUUUGCAGCAUCACCCAGACCUUGCAUCUUAGGUUCUGCUGCAGUAACACAGGUAAGCAUGACCUAAGGACACCAGUGUUUGACCUGUGAAUGAUCUAUAUAUUUUUGUUUGACUUGCCUGUAUGGUUUGAGUAAAUACAGAGACUGCAUUAAGAAAAGUUGUAGUGGUGCCUUUAAACCAUGUUUGAAAGUAAUGACUUUCAGGCAGAGCAAAAUGAGCAACAGCCUUCGUUUGAGUAUGUUCAUGAAUGACUUGCAUGGCAUAUUGUAAUGAAAUGUGAGUUAGGUAUUUGAUGCAAAUGUUAUACAGAAAAGUUUGCUAGCCCAUUCAGUUAGGAUUGACAGUGAGCCCUUUUUGAAUUCGUAUGACUUUCAUAUAGGCCAGCUUUUGAGUGCAUUAUAUUUUAUACACAUUGUCUUAGUGUGACCAUGUUGCCUAGAACUGUAGACAUUUUUGCUUUUUUCCAUAGUCACUAAACAAAUUGCAUGCAGUUGCAAGCUUUCAGUGAUUACAAAUUGGCCUUCGCUUAGAAAGAAAUGAAGCAGAUGAUCGUAAGUUGUCAUGUUAUCAUUAGUGUUCAAACAUGUGAUGACUCGAAUUGUAGUGCAAUUAUUAAAAAAUGCUGCCUUCAUUUUCACACACAGUGUUGAAGAUGCUCCAAGCAUAGUUCAUAGAAUCAGGCCCUGAGCUAGUUUGUCCCUAAGGAGGAAUCCUUUGAGUCUAUUCCACUGGUGAACAUAGACCAUUCAAGUGCUCCCGUAAUAAGGUAAACUUGAGGAACUUUUGAUGAUUGCUAAAUUCAUGUUGCUGUACGUCUUAGGGUCUGUAAUGCUGUCUAAAAACAGAAUUGCACAUUCAACUAAUAACUGUACCAUGCUAUAAAAUGUUAGGUGUCCAGUGUCUUAAGUCAUUGCUAGAUGAGCAUAUUUAGUUCUCUUUACUAGGACUUAGUACAUGCUUUUUUGUAGUUGGAUUUAGACUUGGAACUGUUUCUUUUGACUAAGUGACAGGUUCUUUUUGGCAGUAAAUUGGAUAGUAAGUUGUCUUAUGUUCAAAAUCAUCUGAUCUAAACUUGCAAGUUGAUGGUUGCCCAAUCUCUGGCUGUAUAAUACUUCAUGUGCAUGCUGUGCGCGAUGUUUUCCUUCUGAGUAAAGCUCUCAACAGAGAAUUCGUGGGGGGUAUAGAAAUGAAGAGCAACAGAAGCUAAUGUGGGAAUAAUGGAAAAGGGAGCAUGCUUUAGAGGUAAAGAACAUGGUUUGUGAUCUGUAUAAUUUCUGAAUGUAUUUUAUUUCUAGAAGUGUCUGUUUCUAGCUGAGCAUUGUUCCCAUGUUCAACAAUAAAUUUGUAAUGACUAAA